AUGGAGUUAAUGAACAAAGACGCAUUGAAGCUGAGAAUAGACUUAAUGUCGUCAUCAAUAUCUUCUUACAAACAAGAUCCUAAGCUAGUUUCAGCGAUAAAUAUACUAUACAGCAGAGAAGAAGUGGUAGGAUCUACAUCAAUAUUGCCAGAACGUAAAUUACUUUUUACCGAGGUUCAACAACUUUUGAAGAAGUCUUUCGAUGUCAAGGGAAAAACAGAUAACACAUUGGCAAUACAAGCGAAACAAUCUAGAAAUUGUAUUAUCAAGAAAGUUGAGGAGAUAUUGGGCAAUAUUAACAAUAGCGCUGAAAGUGAUGGUUCGCCUAAACUGAUUAUAAGAAACCAAAGGCUGUGGAGCAAUUGUAUCUAUGAUUUGGACCGGGUCACAUUAAAAACCUUACACGAAGCUAAAACUACAAAGUUGUGUUACUCGAGUGUGGAAGAUAAAUCCCGUUUUAAUAUAAUUGUAUUCGUCCUUACAAAAGUACAUGAAUUACUUUUGAAAAAUUUGACCGUUACUAGACGAGAAUUAUUCUACCAGAAUAUGUCUAGGUUUGGUAACCAAUCCAGACUCGAUGUUGGAGUAAGGGAUGUAUGUUGCUUAUUGGACACACCGCCUUGGGAUUUGGGUAUAGUUGCAACUGCAAAAGGACUCAUCGCAGGCCCGUUAAAUAUCUACCUAAGUGAUGGAACCGUUGUUGACUGUAUGAUGUCGGGAGGUACAUUGAUACCACAAGAUAUAAAGGGAAUCAACGAGUUUAAAUCUACUGCUAAAUACAUAUUGGUGGUGGAGAAAGACGCUAUCUUUCAAAAAUUGUUAGAUGAAGGAGCGUUGACUCGAUUGGGGCCAGUGAUUAUUUUAACGGGUAAAGGCUACCCUGAUGUAUGCACACGUCAGAUCCUGUGCCGAUUGGUAAAGGAAUUGCGGUUGAAAGCUCUUGCGUUAGUGGACGCCGAUCCACACGGAUACGAGAUCUUCCUGACAUAUAAAUACGGUUCUCUGGCACAAUCGCACUUGUCGGAUUCAUUGGCGUGUAGCAGUUUACUGUUGCUCGGUGUUCGCCACCACGACGUCAUGACACUUGCCCCUAAGGAGACUCAACUGUGUCUCACUCAGCUAGACAAACGCAAACUGACAUCCCUGAUUAAAAGGCCUUAUUUGAAUACACCUGUUGGUGCCCGUAUAAAAAGUGAUCUAGAAGUUAUGUUGGCGCAUGGCGUGAAGGCGGAGAUUGAAUCUGUAGCAGCAACAGCCGCCGCACUCUGUGACUCUUACGUACCCUCCAAACUGAUACAGGGAGACCAUUUAGGCUAA